CUUUCCCUCUCUCUACAUCUCUCUCUGCCUGGGUCCUCCUGUCCGACCCCCCUCCCCCCAGCUCCUCCCGGUUGCAUUGGGGCUCGGUGGCGAGUAUAUGGGUGACUGAGAGUGAGGCCGAGUGCGAGUGUGGACGUGUCACUAUGGGGCUGGGUGCAGUGUGGAGUCGGGUGAAGAAUGUGUGCCAACAGAAUGGACUCCUCAUCCUCUCCGUGCUGGCAGUGGUCAUCGGCUGCCUGCUGGGCUUCUUCCUGCGCUCCAAGCACCUCACUGCACAGGAGGUGAAGUAUUUCCAGUUUCCGGGGGAGCUGCUGAUGAGGAUGCUGAAGAUGCUCAUCCUGCCUCUCGUUGUGUCUAGUCUGAUGUCUGGGCUGGCUGCCCUUGAUGCCAAGUGCUCCAGCCGCCUGGGCAUCAUGACCAUCUCCUACUACCUGUGGACCACCUUUGUUGCCGUAGUGGUGGGCAUCGUCAUGGUGUCCGUCAUCCACCCCGGGGGCGCUGCCCAGAAGGAGGACUCAGAGGACAGCGGCAAGCCCAUCAUGAGCUCCGCCGAUGCCCUGCUUGACCUCAUCCGCAACAUGUUCCCAGCCAACCUGGUCCAAGCCUGUUUCCAGCAGUAUCGCACCCAGAGUAUCCCCAUCAUGGCCCCCAGGCCUACUGUGAGCCAGGAACUUGCCGAGUCCACCACGAGAAGACUCUUCAUCUACGGCAUCCAGGACGACAAUGGCACCGACAUCCAGAACUUCUCCCUGGACCUCACGCCCCCACCUGCUGUCACCUUCCAAAUUAAACCGGGCACCAGUGAGGGCAUGAAUGUCCUGGGCAUUGUCAUUUUCUCUGCUACCAUGGGCAUAAUGCUUGGCCGCAUGGGACCCAAUGGCAGUGCCCUGGUGAACUUCUGUCAGAGUCUAAACGAAGCUGUGCUCAAAAUAGUUGCCAUUGUCAUCUGGUAUUUCCCAUUUGGCAUCGUGUUCCUGGUCGCUGGCAAGAUUCUGGAGAUGGACGACCCUUCCGCCAUGGGGAAAAAGCUGGGAUUCUACGCCAUCACUGUGGUUAUGGGGCUAGUGCUGCACGGCCUCUUUAUCCUGCCUGCCAUGUACUUCUUCAUCACCAAAAAGAGCCCCAUAGUCUACAUCAGGGGCAUCCUGCAGGCCCUGCUCAUAUCCCUAGCUACCUCCUCCAGCUCCGCCACACUGCCUAUCACCUUCAAGUGCCUGCUGGAGAACAACCACAUAGACCGCCGCAUCAUCCGCUUUGUACUGCCUGUGGGUGCCACCAUAAACAUGGACGGCACGGCGCUCUACGAGGCAGUAGCUGCCAUUUUCAUCGCCCAGGUCAACAAUUAUGAGCUGGACUUUGGCCAGAUCAUCACCAUCAGCAUCACUGCUACUGCAGCCAGUAUCGGAGCUGCUGGGAUUCCACAAGCUGGCCUUGUAACUAUGGUGAUUGUGCUGACUUCGGUUGGUCUGCCCACAGAUGACAUCACUCUCAUCAUCGCGGUGGACUGGGCGUUGGACCGCUUCAGGACCAUGGUGAACGUAAUGGGGGAUGCCUUGGCCACAGGCAUCAUGGCUCACAUCUGCAGGAAAGACUUUGUGAAGGAGGGUGAAGAGAUCCCUCUCAUUUGCGAGACCAAACCCAUGAUCAGCAUCCAGCAGAUGAUGGCCUAUCAGAAGAACGGUGGCUUUCAGCCCUCACCCACAAGCAUGCUGAGGAAGCCGGAGCACUUCUCCCCGGACGUGGCCCGGAUCCGGCAGCUGGAGGAGGGCCGGCCCAUGGAGAAGAAGAGGUCCUCGCACCGUCACAAGCGGGAGCCUAAGGACAAGGACCACUGCGCCAUAGACAUGAAUGGCCUGGAGACCAACGUAUAGGCUCUCACAUGGACCAAACACAGACACAAACACAACAUAUGUAUACCUGCUCUGAAAGCAAGGAUCAGAGACUAAGCCUGGAAUGCACCGGACCUUAAAGGAAAUGACGUUUUGAGGUGUGGGGUUCAGACAGACACCGUGCUCUUUUCAUUUGUGUGUGAGUUUGGGCUUGUUUUUUUUUUUUUUUCAUUUUUUAAAGAAAUUGAUUGCAACAACAUUGCAGUGUGUGGUUGAGUUGAUCUAUACGCUGUUGCAUAACUUAACAGGAAACCAACUCAACUGACAAGAGGAAAGGGAUGGAGGCCUGUGGUACUGUGCCAUUUUCCAUCCCAGCAUCCCCACUGAACCUUAGCUCAGAGGGGUCAAGCCCCCGGUUGAACCAGCAAAAGCAUGGAAGCAGUCUGUUUUGUGGUGGUGUUACGUUUCUUGCUGGUGACAUCAGUAAUAUAGGGGUGAUAAGUAUGUCUGAUUCCUCCACGUUCGGGGGCAGGAUAUUAACCCAGCACUUAACGUUCACUCAGAUGUGUUUAUGUUUACUGUUAUAUAAUGUAAUUUAAGAUUUCUUUCUUUCUUUUUUUCUCAUGUUUUGACUUUUAUAAGAUUUCUUCAUCAUACUGUAUAUGAGUUUCUCUUUUUUUGAGGUAACAAUGGUGAACACAAUGUCUUGAAAACCGACCCAUCUCAAACGUUCCUCAGAACAGUGCAAUGUUUCUUGAUUCAGAUAUCGUUGUUGCUUGGUCUUAGGUUUUAAUGUUUAUUAAAUGCAUGGACGGAUCAUGAACUUUUAGGCCCCUGGACCCAGAUGUA